AUGGCAUUGGAUCCGAAGGAUUUGGCUGAACUGACGCCAAUGUUUAUAUCCACUGUUUACAAGCAUUUUAGAAAUGAAAUCCCCGACUCAAAUUGGGAUUUAAGACUUCACUUAGCAGUAGCUAUGCUCCGAAGUGUUCUUCAGCGAUCAAAGAAUAAAACAAUAGAAAAGCAUCAAAAAUUUUUAGCCAAAGCUCACCUACCUUCGAGCCAUUCAACUUUAGUAAAAAAGGCUAUAGUACCAGAAACCUGUCGUUCUCAAGCUGAAGAUAUUAUGGCAGGCUUAUUAAGUGGACAAGAGGAAAAGGUUGGAUGGAGAUGGAAAGAUGAUCCAAUGAAACAAACUCCGCUCAGAGGCGAGUGGGUUGAGUCAAAGACAAGAAAAAAGUCAACUGAUGUCGAUCGUGUGAUUCUAUACGUUCAUGGAGGCGCUUAUAUUUUAGGAAGUGCUGCUCAACAUCGUUUUUUAAUACAAAAAAUUGCUAAAGAAGGUGCCGCUCGUGCCUUUGGUUUCGACUACCGAUUGGCACCACAGUCUCCAUUCCCAGCAGCACUUAUUGAUACAUUGGCUGCCUACUUGUAUUUAAUACAACCGCCAUCAGACGCUGGAUUUGAACCAAUAAAUCCUAAAAAUAUAAUAAUCAUGGGUGAUUCUGCUGGUGGAGGUCUUGCCCUGUCUACGAUGUUGGUCCUUCGAGAUGCUGGUCUUCCACAACCAGUUGGAGCAGCUUCGACAGACUAUUUACCAAGUGGUUUAAUAUAUAAAGCGUCUCCCGCAAAUCCAAUAAAAGAUAAUACGGACAUUAAACAGAGAUUAUCAAGAAUACAAUAUUACGCUUAUAAUUCUGCCUUAGAUAUUCCUUAUGUCAGUCCGAUCCUGGCUGAUGAUUUAGGUGGUUUAGGAGAAAUAUUUAUUACAUGUGGAAAUAAUGAAAGAUUACGCGAUGAAUCAAUAUUAUUUGCCAAUAAGGCAGCAAAGACAAACCCAGAGCUUUUUAACACACCUAGAAAAGAAGGUCAACGUUCAUAUCCUCCUACCAAAGUUAACCUAAACAUAUUUGAGGCAAUGCCACAUGUUUUUCAACUUUUCUUAUUUCACCCAACAGCAAUUAAUGCCAUCAAACGAACUGGUAAGUGGAUACGUAAAGUAAUACCAGAACCGGAUAACGGCGACAAUAAAAGCGAGUCAUCAAGUGAUACUCUUCAUAAUUUGUAUAUAUAUCAUGAUGCUAAACCAAUAGUACGUGAAGAACUUUCGCUUUCAGAUAUUUCAGAUGAAAGUGAAGAUGAUGAGCUCGCAAUAUUUACAUCAAAAGGCUUUAUGCCAAUUAAUUAA